AUGACAAGUUUUAUAACGCAAUCACCCGGUAUACAUAAAGCAUCCAAGGUGCUUUUUCUAUUGGAGCGCAUUCUCGGCCCGCAGGAUGACGAGGAGCUGUACUUAGCCAUCACUGAUGUUUUGGCUGCACUUAAUAAGGAGAGCAAAGACAUCGGGGUGUCCUAUUUGGUCAACGUAUUUGGUGAUGUUGAUCCAGAUGCCGCUGCUCUUAUUGGUGACCUUUUAGAUGCAGCUUUUGAAUGCCAGAUUGAGCUUGCUGAAUUACUGGAUCAAGGUAUGAUAAAUCGUGAAAAAAACCAGAAGAAACAGUGCCCUCCGGAUGCUCAUCUGUCCAGCAUCCUAUGCAAUGAGGUUCGUCAGUAUUUUUCUGAUUUUCUAACCUCAGACACGCUUCCUCAUGGACAACUCUCCUUACCGGGGCCAAUUUCUAAUAAGCUUACUGGGAGUGAUGAGUGUGCGCUAGUAGCGCUACCACCACCUGAGCCGACUGUCACGGCGUAUGGGAAUCGCACUGAGUACUCCCUGCUUUGGGAGACUAAGCAUGCAAAUGAGACUGUUUCUAUUACUUCUGUGCUUGUUCGUUUACAGAUGGAUCUAGCAUUUGGACGUGUCUAUGGCUCUAUUACCACCUUCAACAGCGUCCAGAUGCGAGUAGUCGAUCCCAUUUUCAACGGGGGCAACACCCUCGUGGCAGCACCUACCGGAGCCGGAAAGACAAACAUUGCCCUUUGGGCUAUGAUAUGUUUGCUCCAUACUUCUCGUUACAAGUGCCGGCCGGCCCAAUUGGUUGUUUACGUGGCCCCUCUCAAGGCGCUUGUGCAUGAGAUUCUCUCACAAUUGGAAUCAUCCUUCCAGCGACUUCCUAAGGAAUACACUGCUACAAUUUGUGAGUAUACUGGAGAAGAGUCCAUUUCUCUGAAUACUAUAUCUUCUUUGCUUCAUUGCCCACAGACAACCACAGCAUUGGUAAUUCUAGUUGCCACUCCAGAGAAGUUGGAUGUGUUUACUUCCAAACUAACUGGAGAGGAUUUCCAGCUGAUUCGGAAUCGCCUGGCUCUUAUUGUUUUUGAUGAAUUGCAUCUAAUAGGUGAUCACACCCGUGGGAGUGUGAUUGAGGAAUUGGUGCUUCGCUUUCAUAGACAUUACCAGGAGGCUAUGCUGCUAGCUCUGUCAGCAACGAUUCCAAAUGUCCAACAGAUAGCAGAUUUUCUUCGAUGCGCAUCAAGUAACACUCUUGCAUUUGACUCGUCGUACAGAGCUGUUUCUCUGCAAGUAACAGUUUGUGAGUUGCAUUAUAAGCAUUCUGAAGAGUCGUAUUUACGUACAACGAGAGAGGGAUUUUUGCAUAGCAUCAUUCCAAAGCAGCUAUCCAAGGGAAGCAUACUUUUAUUUACACAUACAAGACGUGAUGCGGAACGAUUAGCAAUACAGCUACAGGCUAAGUUAGACACUACCAAUUACUCUAACGCCUACGCGGAAAAAUCUAGAAACAAGAGGCUCUAUAGUCUUUUAUCAACAAACUCGGCAGUAUUGUUUCACCACGCCGGGCUUACUCGCACAGAUAGGUACCUAGUUGAGGAGCUCUUCGCUGAGAAAAAGAUCUCUAUCCUGGUGUCAACUGCGACUCUUGCCUGGGGGGUCAAUAUGCCAGCUCACACGGUUAUUAUUCUUGGUACAAAGGUAUAUGCUGACUCUUGCUGGGAAGACCUCUCUUUUGCAGAUAUUUUGCAAAUGGCUGGAAGAGCUGGACGACCCUCCUUCGACACCAAUGGUGAGUGCUUCAUUAUCCCAUCAGCAAAUGAUGCCUAUCGCUGUCUGACUAUCUUUAGUAAUAGAUUUAAUAUAGAAUCAUCUUUUUUAACGUCUCAUACAGCACUUGAGAAGCUCUCAAAGCUAAUUAUAACAGAAGCAUUUCUUUCUGCUCAUGUGUUUGUAGAUGAACUAGUUCAGAUUGUUCAGUCUUCACUGUUUGCAGUGCAACUGUUUGAAAGGCUUCCUAAUUCACUGAAUGGAUCACAAAUCAUUACUGAUAUUGUGAGUACACUACUAGAUUGCUGUUGCGAUGUAAGUUUGUUAGAAAAAAAGCUUGACGACUCAUGUCCUCAUCUACUUCAAUAUCAUCCUACACCCUUGGCACAGCUGUGCGUCAAAUAUUAUGUUUCGCCCUUUACUAUCGUUCGAUCCAAUGCUGUUUUAUCGCAGUCCCCAAUCGACUCUAUACAGCAGGCUUUAUUGUUGAUCGCAAUGUCUCACGAAUAUGCUUCUAUAUUCGUAAGAGCAGAUGAGGGAUUUGAACUGACAUCGUUAGAAGAGUAUACUCCUAUUAGAUAUCCGCCCUUUGUCACAAACCAGGGGCUCGGUAAGAUCUGUCUUCUUUUGCAAGUCUACAUUUCUACUGGGCCUUGUUAUGGCACAACAUCAGUUGCAUUUAGUAGUCUUUCACUUAUGUCCGACUAUGCUAGCAUUAUCGCGUCUGCCCCAAGAAUCACAGGAUGCCUUAGAGAACUUGCGUGCCUUCUCAUCCAAAGCAAAUCUCACCAGGCUCUAACCAGGCUGUAUUGUAUGCUUCAGUCUCGAUGCUGGCCUGCGUUUCUAUUUGUGCGAGAAGUUCUGAGCAAUCCUUUAUUCAAAUUCGAUUUUCUCUCACCAGAGUACAUACUGUGGAUAGAACAAUUAGAGUUAAAACAAUUCAGUCCAAAUGUUCUUCGCAGAUUGACAGUAGACCAGCUUUCUCAGAUAAUUGUUUCUCCAGAUGAUAGAACCCCACUCGAUAAACGGCAGCUAUCUCAUCUACGCACAGCUAUUGUAGGAUACCCGAUCCUCAGAGGUAAGAUUGUAACCCUAUGUCAGUUAGACCCUAAGCACUACGAGGUCCGGUUUCACUGUUGUCUUAUCGGAAGCCAGACUAUUCUUCGUUGCUCAGAGCAAACGUUUUCGUUACAUUGUGCAAUAGAGGCCGAAGAGAAGACGCUCAAGGCAAUCUCUCUAUCCAUACAGCUCAAUGAGGAACUAGAUGUAACAUUACGCUUCAGCGCUACUGCCGAACUAUGGGUGUGCAAUAUGCACCUUUAUCUUGAAGAGCUUUUAUUUGCCACGUCCUCUAUACGUAUUGAUUUGGUAAGCGCAGACCCUAAUAAGAGUUUAGUAGCAGGUGUGUCCAUUAAGGAAUGCAGUGGUAAUGAGAUAUCAGCUAUAACUGCUCAUGUUGAGACCACAAUUGCAAACCUGGGACGCGCUUCAGGCCUGAGCUCAGGAUCCGAUUCUGUUUUCAUUGCAGGGAACUGUCUCUAUCUACAGCAGGCGGAGAUGCUCAGCAGCAUUCUGUCUUUCAUACGGGACGUCUCAGCAAGUUAUAAAGUAGAUGCUUUAAUUGUAGGCAGUGUCGGUGGGAUCAGCGGACAACUUGCAAGGGAAAAUAAUAUACCGUAUAUGAAUACGUGUACAGUUUACAAAGAAAUUGACAAACUGUUUACAAGGCCUACAGCAAUCAUAAUUCCGUCCAUCGCAGAGCUAGCAGAGCCUAUAGGCUAUGUAUUGGAGCUGCUUCUGAUGAAGCUUAUAAGAAAGGAUACCAAUCUACCUAUCUUAGUCAUUUCCUUUUCCAUCGCUCUGGCUGAUCAUUCAAUCGUCGCUUUGUCUCUCUUUCUUAAUUCUAAGUCGUUUGUUAUCAACGGGCCAGAUAAUUUGUUCACACAAACCGUUCCGUCACAUGCUUACACUGUUUCGCCUAGCACUCUGUGCGAUGAUCCUAGCAGCGUACACAAUGUAUACGAAGCACUGCACAUAGUCGAUGAUGAUCCCGAAGUAAGCAUGUUGACGCCCUUCUUUUUGUGCCAGUUUCUGAUGAUGUGCGCCACAACAGGAACAAUAUACAUAACCAGGAACGAAUGUAUCACAUCUGCCACCAAAGGAACCAACAUUCAAUAUCUGAAAUCCCAGUUACACACGGCUGAUGGCCUCUUCAUGCUGAUUUCUGAACACUCUCAGGACUUCUAUGACAAAGGAUUUGAUUACAUAGCCGAAAGUAUCAUAACGACCGACAUUUCGCAGUCGUAUCUUUACUUUUCCUUUUCAAUUCUUCCUGGACAAUAUCUCAAUUACAAAACUAUGGUGAACUAUCAUCCUAAACCAGAAAAAGAAGAUCUUCUUCGCGAGGAAGACGCCAUGCUGGACAGGCUUUCCGAUUGGAUAAGUGAAGAGCUUAUUGCACUAGAAAAGAAUGCUACUGCCCUGUUUCGUGCCUGGAAAGAUGAUAGUCAUGGUAUGGAUUGUAGCUUCAAUACCCUCAACAGCUUCAGCUGUCUAUCUAUGGUAACAACCCGGCUUUGCAUUGUGCUUGACGCAGAUAGAGAGCAACUAGCUAAAUCAUCGUGGUUUUUGGCACUCUCGCAAUCUAUCCACAACUUAAGUUUGCUGUUGCUGUGUGCCUCAGGGGUCUACGGUAAUGAAUUGACUAAUUAUAUUCAAUAUGAAAAGGCACUAUCCUCACAAAAAGAUCUCGACAUUGAAAAAGCUAUUCUAAAGAUUUUAGCAAGCAUGGUGGAUGCUUGUGCAGAGUCGAGGGUAUAUGCCCUACUAGUUGCGCUUACUUCGCUCGCCCUUCGGGUUCAUAAAAGCGGAGAUCAAGCGGUCCUCGAGGACACCAUUCUAUCAGGACAGUUGGAGAGGCUUCUUCGCAACACACUGCUUAUAGAUCUACAUACGUGA